UAUACUGGUAUGACUGUAACCGUAUCCCCUCAUCAAUUCCUAUCCAAUAAAUUGACGAAGAAAAUAUCAUAAAUUAGUUAACUCGUGUUCAUUAGUUGCGCAUGACAAAUUGAUUUCUUCAGCUUAAACAUCCAGUAAAACCCCUCUAAGUCUCAAAUUGGCGAGAUAUGAAGAAACCCGAGGCAGAAGUUGCACUUUUAGAAGAUCACGUUAGCGAUUCCGUCAACCACCGUGGAUUUCCCGCCGGAAAAUCUUCCACCGGCGGAUGGAGAUCCGCCUGGUUCAUCAUAGGCGUGGAAGUGGCAGAGAGGUUCGCUUACUUUGGGAUUGCUUGCAAUUUGAUUACUUACCUCACCGGACCUCUCGGUCAAUCGACGGCGACCGCCGCCGUGAACGUGAACACAUGGUCGGGAACCGCCUCGAUGCUUCCUAUUUUAGGAGCUUUCGUAGCAGACGCUCAUCUUGGUCGUUACCGUACAAUUCUUGUAGCUUCCCUCAUCUACAUACUGGGACUAGGACUAUUGACAUUAUCGGCUUCUUUAAUUCUAAUGGGAUUAUCUGAUUCUGAGCAACGUAUCGAUGCUUCUGCUAAACCGUCUUUUUGGGUGAAUAUAUUAUUCUUCUGCUCUCUGUAUUUGGUUGCGAUCGGACAAGGCGGACACAAGCCUUGUGUUCAAGCGUUUGGUGCGGACCAAUUUGACUCGGGAGAUCCAAAGGAAGUGAUAUCUAGAGGGUCGUUUUUCAAUUGGUGGUUCUUGAGUUUAUCUGCCGGAAUCAGUUUAUCGAUUAUUGUGGUCGCGUACGUGCAAGAUAAUGUUAAUUGGGCGUUUGGGUUUGGGAUCCCUUGUUUGUUCAUGGUUAUGGCUCUUGCUAUCUUCUUGUUCGGAAGAAAAAAUUAUAGAUAUCCAAAAGGAAACCGCGAGGAGAAUAACAACGCUUUUGCUAGGAUCGGGAAAGUUUUCGUCGCGGCGUUCAAGAACCGGAAACAGAGUUUAGAACAUUCCGGUUUGGGUCAAGGUCUAUUGGAGGAUGGUUCGUCGGAGAAACGUAACGGUCGGUUAGAUUUCCUAGCAAAAGCGAUGAUUGCAAGAGAAGAAGAAGAAGAAGAGGCAGUGCCAUGUAGUGGUAGAGACGUGGAAGACGCAAAGGCUUUGGUAAGGCUUGUUCCGAUAUGGAUCACAUCGGUGGUGAGUACGAUUCCGUACGCUCAAUACAUUACUUUCUUCACUAAGCAAGGCGUUACGGUGGACAGACAAAUAUUGCCGGGCUUGGAAAUCCCUCCGGCUUCUUUACUGUCGUUCAUCGGUGUAUCGAUUCUCAUAUCGGUCCCGAUCUAUGAGCACGUGUUUCUACCUUUAGCUAGAAUGAUCACCAAGAAGCCUUUUGGGAUCACAAUGCUACAGAGAAUAGGAGUUGGGAUGGUGCUCUCGAGCUUCAAUAUGGUGCUCGCGGCAUUGGUAGAAGCGAAACGGCUGCAGAUAGCUCGGGAACAUGGGCUUGUGGAUAGACCGGACGUGACUGUUCCAAUGUCGAUAUGGUGGUUCGUUCCACAGUAUUUGCUACUCGGUAUGAUCGACGUGUUCUCACUGGUGGGUACACAAGAGUUCUUCUACGAUCAGGUCCCAACGGAGCUAAGAAGCAUUGGUCUCGCGCUUUCUUUGAGUGCGAUGGGUCUUUCGAGCUUCUUGAGCGGUUUGCUCAUCACUGUGAUUGAUUGGGCUACAGGAAGAGACGGUGCGGACAACAGCUGGUUUAACACUAACUUGAACCGAGCCCAUGUCGAUUACUUUUACUGGCUGCUCGCCGCUUUCACCGCCGUUGCUUUCAUUGCGUUCUUGUUCAUCUCCAAGUUGUAUGUGUAUCGUCAGGUAGACCAGGUCUAAGAAUUAACUCACAAGACAAGUUUUGUUGACUUCCAUAUCAUAUUUGUGGUUCUAACUUGUAAGUUAACAUGUUUAUAACUUGAUUUUGUCUUUGGUUUUUUCUUUGUGUGUAAACAACUCGCACUUUGGUUUUCUUUUUUCUUUUUUUUGUUAGUGAUUGGAUAUAUUUAUUUCUCAAAAAAAAAUAUAUAUAAGCCCCACCUUACACAAAA